AUGGACAGCGAACAAUUUCAAGAUCAGAUCGAUGAAACUUUAAGGAAAGAUCAAGAGCAAGAGAAAGGGAAAGGGGUAGACAAAGAGGAGAACGUAAGGAACGAAGGAGAAGGACAAGAAGCGGGAGAAACAGGAGCAGAUCAAAAUGGAGACGACUUAGCACCUGGAACGAGCGGACAGGAAGCAACACCCCCGACUACUAGACAAUCUAAACGGAAGAAAGCCGCUCCAAAGCCCUUCCCACCCCCAACAACAACUAAACCAAAGCCAGUCGGUCCGAUACGCAUUAAGAAACCAAGAACGACCUCGAAUAACCAAGCAGAAGAAGCCCCACCGGAAGAAGCUACCGAAACUCAAGUGAACCCCAAGAAAGCUCCGAUUAAACGUCAAGUAGAGAAGAACCCACCAGCUAGACACCCUGCCAAAAUCAUAAUCAAUGACAAUCAAGAAGAAGAAUCGUCAGAUGACGAAGAAGAAGACAAGGGUGGAGUUGCAGGAGUCAAUGUAUGGAAUGACACAAACAGAAAUGACAAUCGCCCUCAAGCACGAACUGUAGGAGGAAUAGUCCUAGGAGACAUUGAAGAAGUAGGAAACAACCAAGUGGUACCAACUCCCUCUGCGACCGAUAGCGUAACCUUACGUCUAGAGGAAGCGAUCAAGAAAGCCUUUGAAAACAAAGAUCGACAAACAUAUGAUCGUCUAAAUGCGGAGAAACAAGCCUGGUUGACCUUCUUAGAAAAAGGGAACGACAAAACAACUCCUGACACGUCAGAGAAAACCUCCAAAUCAUCGACAGAGAGGAAAACGAUGAAAGUUCAGAGAGGUGAAAUGAUCAACGAUCACUUAAACGCACUCUCACCUUAUUGGGAUACCGCGUUGAAGGAAUUUAAUCGUUAUAUCCCAUUGUCAAUCUUCGAUCCCGCGUGGCUUCGUCAAGACAUCGCCUUUGUCUCAAAUAAAUUGUCCCGUACGAAGACAAAAGACGCCGAUUCAACGUCUUACAACGGCUCCCCGAUUCCCAACGAAUGGAGAACCACGGUCGCACAAUGGCACCGCCAAAAGGAUCUAUUCCUACAAUACCUCGCUCGUUAUAAACAAACGGAAGUCCUCCCCGUCAUGAAAGCCCAUUUCGAGAAUGUUCUAGAAAUUCAAAAAGAAAAUGACGGCAGUUGGGUGUUAGCAUACCGUUACGAUCUCAUGAUGCGACAAUCCUACCUAGUUUUUAAAGUAGGAGAAGACGGAACUUCUAUGGCAGAUAUCGGUAUCCGCAACCCAAGGAUCCAGAGGCUAGCCGAGAGAGACACCCUUCGUUACAACGAUGACAUGUUUCUCGAUAACCCGUACGCCCUAAACGGAACCAAGCGCUUCAUUGACCCACUCGACGGUUCUAAUUGGGAAGGCAGAACAACCAGAUGGGAUGAUCCUAGCCGAACGGAUACUAGAGACGAGAAGUUGGAACCAACAAAGUCAGCGCAAUCAAUGUGA